CGGAUCGCGAGUUGCUGUGGUUGUACAUUACGUUUCACAGUGUUUUCCAACACAGUUUCAAUAAUAUUUAACAACAAAUUACAUGUGUUUUGCCUAACGUACGGCCUGUUUAAAUAACACGAUACAAGUGUCGGUGUAUCCGACCUGUUUACAAGUGUAACAAUUGUGUAGUGAAUAGAAAGUUUUAUUGGUCACUGAAUUCUUACUGUAAGAGUAUCAGAUAUCGGGCACAAUAUAAUCCAAGAUGCGUUCCUCAUCGCCGUGGAGGAGCAGGCCCGGCAGCGGCUACAGCGGCUGUCGGCCCUCAAGCGAAUCACGCCCGUGGACAUGUCCAAGCUCUCUGUAGAGUUAAACAAAAGAAAACGAACUCAACCAGAAAACAGACCUGAGCUAAACGGGUAUAUAGCCAAUUCGACGGUCUACGUGACUUCCAUUAACGAAAACGGUGCUAUAGAAAGCAAGCCAACUAUAUCAUCGCCGAAAUCUCAACCUAAAGCUCUCCAAGCGAAACCAACACCGGUCAUAACGAACGGAAUCGACAACAAAGAGGCAAUAGAAGAAGAGAGAGAAAAACACGAGAACGAUCAGAGCGAGAAGAAGGAACUUAGUGACGAAAAAGAUUUAAGUGUGUGCGUUGUGAAUGAUGUGAUUAGUGAUGCGUACAGUGUUGCCCGUGAGCAUUUGAACAACGGCCGUAGUGAGAAACUGUUGGAUCAGCCCGAUCAUAGGAUCAGGGCCACUGCUGUUAUCGAGAGUAACAAGUUGGGACCGGGAGAGAAUCGGCCCCGAAGACGAUCCGGCUCCAGCAUCGUGGUGCUGGGCGCUGAGGAGGAGAAACGCCCGCCCCCGGAUGACGACAAAGAGAUGCUCUCGCUUUCUUCUGAUACCGGUCCCCACCGCGAGAUGGCGGUGGAUGUGCCGGACAGUUUCAUCGCUCGGAACAAAACUCCCCCCCGGUACCCGCCGCCGCGGCCCCCCCAGCAGGUCAAUGGCACAGCUAAGACUGCGGCUCCGGCCGUGCCCCCUCGUGAGGUAGCCAGGGACGCCCCUCCUCGACCUCCUGCCCAUGAUGUCUCUAAAGACCAAGUGGACUCCAUAAAGAAGUAUCAGGAACAACUGCGGCAGCGAAAAGAAGCCGAAGAAAGAGCGGCAGCCCAAAAUGAGUUACUGAGAAACUCCAUACGGAAUUCCAACAAACUUCAGAACUUAAGAACAAAUCCUCCGCCGUCGGGCGGGACUGCGUUUGUCAAUGACGCCUAUGAAGACGAUCUCAGCGAUGACUCGUCCCAACUUUACACGAUCAUUGAUUAUCAAGAAGUAUGCGCGGCGCUCACGAGAGUUCAAAAAGCACUGGCCGCCAGUGGUGAAACGGCUCUGGCAGCCAGGGUAGCGGGAGCUGCUGGGUCUCUGCUGUGUCCUGCGCUGAGGACCGUGUUGGCGACCAGAUCGGCAGUUUUGACAGCCGUGAGGCAGAAGAGACCAGGACUGUCACCUCCCUCCACCAAACAUGCUUCGGACAGCUUGAAAGACUGCAUGGACGUGUUAGGCGCCCAUACAACAACUGGAGGCGACACUUCCGCGAUAGCAGCGGAAUUGCUUUCGAUCCUCGGUGGACUGGAGCUAGAGAAUCUGAUCCAGGCGCACGACCAGGCCGCUGCUAUGCUAGAUCAAUCAUGCUUCACUCUAGGCAAGAGGCAUAAGAACGGGAGCGCCUAUAAGGACGAUAAAGGUUUGACGUCGCAUUCCCCGGACGACCCGAGCGAGCACAUCAAGAUUAUUAAAAUAGAGAAAACAAAUGAACCGCUCGGUGCCACGGUAAGGAACGAAGGAGAAGCCGUUAUUAUCGGCAGGAUAGUUAAAGGGGGAGCGGCGGAGAAAUCUGGACUCCUACACGAGGGCGACGAGCUGCUGGAGGUGAACGGCGUGGCGAUGCGCGGCAAGUCUGUGCACGAGGUGUGCCAGGUGCUGGGCGCGCUGUCGGGCACGUUGUGUGUGGUGCUAGCGCCGCGAGCGCGCUGCGUGCGGGCCGCGCCGCCGCCGCGCGUGCUGCACGUGCGCGCGCACUUCGACUACGACCCGGAGGACGACGUGUACAUCCCGUGCAGGGAGCUCGGUAUAAGCUUCCAAAAAGGUGACGUGUUACACGUGAUAAGUCGCGAAGACCCGAACUGGUGGCAGGCGUACAGGGAAGGCGAGGAGGACCAGACCCUCGCCGGACUAAUACCGAGUCAAGCGUUCCAACACCAACGGGAAGCAAUGAAGUUAACGUUAGCCGGCGAAGUGGCAGCCCGCGACAAGCCCAGGAAAGGCGGUACUCUGCUGUGCGCGAGGAAACCGCCGCGCAAGAAGAAGGGCAAGAAGGCGACCAGUGAAGCUGGAUACCCUCUCUACUCGACGUCUGGCGGAGACGGUAUGCACUUGACAGUCGACGAAUACGAACAAGAAGAGAUCCUGACGUACGAAGAGGUAGCUCUGUACUAUCCGCGCGCGUCACACAAGCGGCCCAUAGUGCUGAUAGGACCACCCAACAUAGGCCGACACGAACUGCGGCAGAGACUCAUGGAGGACGGUUCCAGGUUUGCCGCAGCCGUGCCGCACACGUCUAGGCCGCGUAAGGACCACGAAGUGCCCGGCCAGGAUUACCACUUCAUAUCGCGCACGCAGUUCGAAGCCGACAUACUGAACAGAAAGUUCGUCGAGCAUGGAGAAUAUGAAAAGGCUUACUACGGCACGUCACUGGAAGCGAUACGCGAAGUAGUGAACUCCGGUAAAAUCUGUGUGCUGAACCUGCAUCCUCAGUCGCUGAAGAUCCUGCGUAACUCCGACCUCAAGCCCUACACCGUGUUCGUAGCACCGCCCAGCCUCGAGAAAUUACGACAGAAGAAGAUCCGGAAUGCGGAGGCAUUCAAGGAGGAGGAGCUCAAAGAAAUAAUUGCAACUGCAAGAGAUAUGGAAUUGAGAUGGGGCCAUUUAUUCGACAUGAUAAUAAUCAAUAACGACACACAACGUGCCUACCAGCAGCUGUUGAACGAGAUCAACAGCUUGGAGCGCGAGCCGCAGUGGGUGCCCGCUCACUGGCUCAAGCACACCUAGCGAGAAUUCAACAUAGUUGCUAGUCCGGCAACUAAAAGACUGAUUCGAGUCGAAAACGAGAUUAGGCGACGUAACGUUAACGUGACGGAGACGAAACGUAACGUAACGCGAACGUAUACAAGGAGCGUCAUGUUAAAUUUUGUGUUUCUGUUCGAGAUAUUAACGCAAGUGAUCUUACAUUUGCUCGUCUACGUUAUGAAUGCUUGCGAUUUGAAAAGACACAAUAAUAAUCAUACGUCUAAAGAGAUUGUUUCGCGUAGAGCUAGAUGUACCGAUACGAGUACGAGUUUUGUAGAAAAUAUAGAAUUUAAUAAUGUGUUCCCGAAUUUAGUUGAUGAUGUUAAUAAAUGAAAAUUACCGUAGGGAUAUCUUAUUGUGUUUCGAUAAUUUACGCCAAAUAACUUUACACUCUGUCGACCCGGUCAGAAUCAACUACGGAAGCCGAAACGGUAUAAAUUAAAUAAGCCAUUAGGUACAUAAACUUGUAACUGGGAAUAAAAGAUUGGUGAUCUAAGUCUUGCUUAGUAAUUUAAUACUGCGUAAGCCCACAAUGUAAAGUAUGCAAUAAUUGGCGAUCUGUAAGCUUGUAAAAGUAAAUUCUAUUUGAAAAAUGUUUCGCGAAUUAUUUUACAUUUCAUUUAAUUUUUUUUUUAAAUAGACACCGUUUUUUGUAAUGUAUUUUUGGUUAAGGGACUACAACCGCGCGGGCUGCCGUCACGUGUCGUGAUGUAUACCGGCGAAUUUCAAUUUGAAGUAAGAAAUUAUUGACGCGUUAGCAGGUAUCUACAUAUGUAACCAUGCCGGAUAAGACUUUCAAUCUUCAAUGAAGUUUUAAAAAGAGAAGUUAUAUUAUCAUUCAAGUUGAUUAAAUUAAGCUCGAAUUUCAUUUUAAGU